UCUCAACUCCCUCUGCCGUAGCUGCUGCGACUGCUCCAUUUUCCGCCUCAUUGCCCUCUGGUUUGGUAUCUUCCGGUCUAAUCAAAACCAACCAUGGCGGACAAGGCAGUCACCAUCCGAACCAGGAAGUUCAUGACCAACCGCCUUCUCUCUCGCAAGCAAUUUGUCAUCGAUGUUCUUCAUCCAGGAAGGCCAAAUGUUUCAAAGGCUGAGCUGAAGGAGAAGCUUGCAAGGCUCUAUGAGGUCAAGGACCCGAACGCAAUCUUUGUGUUCAAGUUCAGGACUCACUUUGGUGGUGGCAAAUCUACUGGAUUUGGAUUGAUUUAUGACUCUGUUGAAAAUGCGAAGAAGUACGAGCCCAAGUACAGGUUGAUCAGGAACGGACUUGAUACCAAGGUAGAGAAGUCAAGGAAGCAGUUGAAGGAGAGAAAGAACAGAGCCAAGAAGAUCCGAGGAGUAAAGAAGACCAAGGCAUCAGAUGCUGCUAAGUCAAAGAAGAAAUGAGCGUUGGUGAUUUCGGUUCUAGUUUCUGUUGCUCAUAGCAGCACUGGGCUUUUCUUAAUCAUAUUUUGCCGUUAGGAUGCGUUUAAAAUGAAGAUUCUGCUGUCACUGUGUAUUUUUAGAGAGCCAUCUACUAUUUAUUUUUUCUUUUCCUUCCAAAAUUUCAGUAUUCUGAUGAGGACAGAUUUAUUAUAUUAAGUAGCAACAGAUUCAGAUUAUUUAUCUGACUUCCGUUUAUUUGUGA